UACCCGCUCCCCACCUCCCCACAGGUCAGCAGUCAUCUGUACUGUCCGCAGUCUCUGGUCAUCCCUGUGCUGUCCGCAGUCUCUGGUCAUCCCUGUGCUGUCCGCAGUCUCUGGUCAUCCCUGUGCUGUCCGCAGUCUCUGGUCAUCUCCUGUACUGUGUCUGCAGUCCCUGUCAAAUUCCCUCCCUCCGCAGUCUCUGAUCAUCCCCUGCACUGUCUUCAGUCUCUGGUCCUCUGUACUGUGUCCCUGGUAUUUUCCCUGUGCUACGUCCGCAGUCCCUGGUCAUCUCCUGUGCUACGUCCGCAGUCCCUGGUCAUCUCCUGUGCUACGUCCGCAGUCCCUGGUCAUCUCCUGUGCUACGUCCGCAGUCCCUGGUCAUCUCCUGUGCUACGUCCGCAGUCUCUUGUCAUCUCCUGUGCUACGUCCGCAGUCUCUGGUCAUCUCCUGUGCUACGUCCGCAGU